AUGGAGAGUGAUUUUAAUGAUAUUAGCAAAGAACAAUUUGAAGAAUCUAUUGUUAGAAUGAAAACAUAUGAAAGUAUAGCAACAAUUUAUUCUGGAAAAAAGAAACAACAAAGCCCAGAAUAUCAAAUAAUAUCAUAUUUAAAUUCAAUAGAAAAUGAAGGAAAAGAUAAAAUAAGUGAUAUUACUUUUAUUGUUGAAAGGAAUAGUCAAAAGAAUAUAAACAUUAUAAACGAAAAGAUAAUGACUUUAAUAAAACGAUAUUCAACAAUGAGAUUUGGAUUUAUUCAAUAUUAUAUUGAUGAAUUUAAUAGACUUUGUUGCUCACAUCCACAAUUUAUUGAAUACGAAAAGUUUAAUAUUGAAGAAUAUACUAAAUGUUUUAUUGAUGAAAAUUAUAAUAAAGAAAAUAUAUUACAAAUACCAUUUAAUGAUAUAAUUACUAAAGUUAUAAAUGUAGAUUGGAGAAUAAAAAAAGAUGGAAAGAAAGUAAUUAUUUUGUUUGAUAAAUCACCAAUAAAUAUUAAUAAGCAAACAAAAGAAAUAAUGGAACAAGACAAUUUUAUUAUUGAUCAAUUUUUUGUUUUUAUAACACAAAAAUAUGAUAAUAAAUAUCAACAACAGUUUAAUGAAGAAACUAUUCACUGUAAAAAGAUUCAGCACAUUUGUUGGAAUAAAUUCAAUUUGAAUGAAUGUCUUAUUAAUAAAUUAUGGUUUAAUAAGUUAUUAGAUAUUGAUAUUAAAAAUACAUUAUUUGAUGAUAAAUUAAAUGAUUUAAGAAUAUAUAUUAAUGAGCGUCUUAUGAAUCAAGAAAAAGAAACGAUGAAUGGUAUUACUAUUUCUAUUCCUAAAGAUUAUAUCAAUUCAAAUGAAUGUUAUAAGUCAUAUGGUGUUUCAACAACAGUCGAGGUACAACCAUCUCAACUUAAAGUUGAUUUAAAAUGUUCUGGACUUGGAAGAUUUAAAAUCAUGCAUCAAGGAUUAUUAAAUAAUAAAGAAGAAGUUGCAGUAAAAUAUGACCAUGAUAUAAUUAAUAAUACAUUUGAUAAUUACAUUGGCAUUUUAGAAAGUUAUUCUGUAACAAAGAAAUUUCUUAAUGAAUUUAAUUCAAUUAAUGCAUCAUCUAUUGAAUGUGUUAAUAUUAAAUUAUUUGUUCCAACAACAAUACCAUUAUUAAAAAAAAAUUAUACUAUUUCAGAAAUACGUCAAUUCAUUAAAGGAAAAAACAUCUUUUUAAUUGAGCCAUUACUUAAAGAACAAUUUACAUAUUGGAAUAAAAAUGAUGGAAAAGUGAAUUUAGAAAAUUAUUCGGCAUCAUUAAAUUGUUUUAGUCAUUUUACUUAUGUAAGAAGUGGAAGAAGAUUAUUAAUAAGUGAUAUACAAGGUGUUAUUCAUGAACAAAAUUAUUUAUUAACUGAUAUGGCAAUUCAUCAUGAGAUGAGUUGUAGAUUUGGGUGUAGUGGUGAUAAUCAUAGAUUUAAUGGAAUGAAUAAGUUUCUCCAAAAACAUAUAUGUAAUAAUGUAUGUUUUAAAUUAAAAUUAAAUGGUAUUGAUACAUUUGAAGCAGAUGAAGAAGCAGAAACAAAAUGUUACAUAACAACAAUUAGUCAAUAA